CGUCGGAAAAUAUUCACCUGGAUUAUCAAAACCUUGUACCACUUUGUCAAUACCCAAACUAUCUUUUAGACCAGCAACAAAAUCAAUCAAGGUCUUUGUCCACAGGUUUUUACCCUUACCAUCAAGACCAACAACACCAAAGUACCUCGAUUGUUAUUCCCCAGCAAGAUCUUGAAGACACCAGGGACCAAACUAGCACCUCCCGUUCAGAACAGAGCUGGAAACAAGAUAUAACUUCUGGUCAUAUCAAUGUCGAUGAAGACUACCACGAAGAAGAAAGACUGAAUAUCCAAAAAGUAGUAAAAGAAGGUAAUAACAUAUUGAAUCAAGAAAAUAGAGGUUGGAAACAAAAUUCUCAACAUUCUAAAGAUGGCCAGCAGAAAACAGGAGAAUUAAUCCGGAAUCCUUGGAAGAAUCAGCAAUAUGGAGAACAUCACAUACAAAAAUCCACUCUCCCAUCUUUCGAAAACCGAGAAACACAAAAUAUUUUUUCAUCAACAACAAAACCUUCUGGUAUCUAUGUCAACAUAAAUAGUACAAGAGGCCACUACAUCACAAAAACGAUUGAAAUCGUUAAGGACUACUUAAACAUCCGCAAACAAAACAGCUCUUCUCAACUAGAAACCAAGUGCAUGUUAACUUGGAAUAAGACGGGUUCCACUUCGAAAAAUUAUUCAGUGAAUGUUCAGGAUAGAUCAAUAAUUCUUAAUAAAAUACAGCCAGAACUUUGUCCUUUGCUUUUAUUCGAGAAACCUUUGACACAUGAAUUGGUUCAAGAAGUAUCUAACGAAACCUUUCCAACAUUAUUGAUUAAGAAAGAUUACAAUUCUGAUAAAUUUAAUGUUGAAAAUACUUGGGAGGGUCAUUCAAUAGUUGAAAACAAAACGAAAAGUGUUAAUAAUUCUGUAACAAUGAAGGUUAAUGCUAAAAAUAUUGAUGUUGAUAUGUUUAAUAUCAAAUAUAUACCAUGGCAUGAAGAGGAACCAGCAUUUCCAGUACAUUUUAUUCCUUCAGUUGCAUCCCUUGGACAGCAAGAUGAAUUUAUGCCUUUAAUUCCGUUGUCUGGACAGAGUCUUCGAUUGAGAGGCGGAACGAGUGCCAGAGAAGGUUACUUGGAAGUUCAAGGUAUCCAUCCUGGCUGGGGAGUUGUUUGCGACAAUCAAAGUGGAUGGACAUUGAAAGAAGGUCAUAUCGUCUGUCGUCAAUUAGGAUACACCAGAGGUGCAGAAACCGUCUGGCAAGGUCGCAACAAAAACAAAAAUAUUCCAAACUGGAUCGCAACAACGAGUGUCCAUUGUGAAGGUAACGAAACUAAAUUCCAAACUUGCAAAUUUAUCCAUGGCUCAAAGUGUAAUAUCCAACGAGAUGCCGUUGGAAUCAGCUGUCUUCCGAAUCAUCUAGCAUAUUGCAACAAAGACGAAACUCCUCACGGUGGGAAUUGCUAUCAUUUGGCUGAUCCAAAAUCUGGAUUGAAUCAUGCAGAAGCAUUGGGGUACUGCGUUAAAAGAAACUCUAGACUUGUUGAUAUUGUGAGUCAGAAUGAAAAUAAUUUCUUAUCUGAGUGGUUGACAAACGCUUAUCCAAGGGUGGAAUCGGUGAUGACAGCUGGAGUCGGAUUUACAAUGAUGGGCAAAACAUUUUGGAUCUGGGAAGAUUUAUCGAAAGCAAUGUUCAAGUUUUCAAAAUGGUGGCCAGGUUGGGAGGAAAAAAAUAAAUUACCACCAUCAACUGGAUUACGACCAACUUGUAUUAUCAUGAGAAAUAAGUACCCUUGUUAUAAUAAUCCACUUGAAAACUGUACAGCAGAAUAUUUCUUUUGGGAUCAUGAAGAUUGUGCCACCCCGAUGAAAGAGCACUCGUAUAUUUGCAAAAGACCGUACAAUAAUAUUGGCUGCAUCAGUGAUAAAGAUAAGCAAUAUAUUGGCAAAGCAAACGUCACAGAAUCAGGAAAAUCUUGUUUAUAUUGGGGUGACAAAAAUAACUCUUAUUUAUUGAGCAUUCAUGUACCAGAUUAUGAGAUCAGACAAAAAUUGAAAUCUCAUAAUUACUGUAGAAACACAAAUUCAUUGAAAGACUCAAGACCCUGGUGCUUUACUGGUCCAUCAGUUAAACGAGAAUACUGUGAUAUUCCACAAUGUAAAUUAAUCGGUACAACUCGUUCGUUAACUAAAAGAGAAUGCAGGAAAAGUGAAUUUGAGUGUAGUCCGAAAAAUUGUAUACCAGUUGAAUGGGUUUGUGACUAUGAACGAGAUUGUCCAAAUGGAAAAGAUGAAUUUUCUUGUGUGCGACAUCUCGAUGACUUCACAAAGAUACCAGGUCAUCGAUUGGUGGGAUAUGAUGUUGAAAAAUGGAUGUAUAUGCUGCCUGAUGCAUGUGCUCUGAGAUGCAAAGAAGUGAAUUUCACUUGUCGUUCUUUCUCCCAUAAAUCAGAAGACAAUACGUGUCUCUUGAGUAGUGAUAAUCUUGGUACAACUGGUGCUUUGAAAGCUGAUGCUGAUUAUACUUAUUUUGAAAUGUCAUCAAGGGCAAUUAACUGUGAUCGUAAAUUCAUUUGUGAUAAUAAAAAAUGCAUAAACCAAACAGAAGUAUGCGAUGGAAAAAAUAAUUGUGGUGAUCGAUCUGAUGAAAAUAUUUGUACAGCUGAAAACCUUGAUUAUGGAAUUCGGUUGGGUGGUUCAGAUAAUAAAUACGAAGGAAGGGUUGAAGUCAAAGAUGAAUGCAAAAUAGUUCUCCGAGCUGAUAAAAUCCCUUCAAAUGAACAUGAACGACGUUUCAAUUUACCUGUUGUUCAAGAAGUAGCUGCAAUAAUCAAUGGAAAUGAAUUUAUAAAACGUGAUAUUAUAUUACAAAAACGUAGUAACGAAUUCGUAAUCGUUCAAGAAACUCAUAAGUCAUAUGAUGCUCUACAAUAUCCACUAAUCUUUUGGCAAGGAGAAGAUGGAUAUCAUUUUGAGUUGAAGCAAAUAAACCCUAAUACUGGAUUAACUACAAAUAAAAAAGUUUCAGCAAUGGAUUUUUAUGCACAAAAAGUUAUGAUACGUAAUAAUCCAAAAAAUUAUUUAUUAUGUUAUAAGCAAUUGUUAAAUCAGUUUGUCGUUGAUAUGUAUGCGAAAAUUGAAAGUGAACUUUUACGUUAUAUUCGCUGUAAUCGAGAAACUCUUAAAGUAGAACAAUACAUUCAUUUAAAAGAUGCAUUCGAAAAUGAUGAAAAUGUAAAUAAUAUAGGGCAAACAUUUAUUUUACCAGUAAGUUUCAUGAAUAUAUACAAGACGCUCUUCGUUAUGUAAAACAUAAUGGAAAACCAUGUUUAUUUAUUACAUUUACAUGUAAUAAUCGAUGGGAUGAAAUUAAAAAUUCAUUGUUACCUCAUCAGCAACCGAGCGAUCGUCAUGACUUAAUAGCUAGAGUAUUUAAAUAUAAAUUGAGAAAAUUAAUUAAUCUGAUAACAAUACAUAAAAUUUUCGGUGAUGUUAUAUCUUGGGUUUACUCAAUAGAAUGGCAAAAAAGAGGUUUACCCCACGCUCAUAUUUUAGUAUGGUUGAAAAAUAAAAUUCAUGCAAACCAAAUUAAUGAUAUUAUUUCUGCUGAGCUACCAGAUCCAGAACAAGAUCCACUUUUACACGAAAUAAUUAAAAAAAAUAUGAUACAUGGACCAUGUGGACCAUUGAAUCCUUUUUCACCAUGUAUGAAAAACGGUAAAUGUUGAUAUAAUUAUCCCCGUGCUUUAAUUGAUGCUACAAGAUCGGAUAGAAAUGGAUAUCCUUUGUAUAGAAGAAGAAGUGUAGUAAAUGGUGGUUUUCAGACUACUAAUAAUGCUAAAAUUCAUAAUAAAUAUGAAAAAAUAAAUAUCGAUAAUCGUUGGAUUGUCCUUUACUGUCCACUUAUUUCUAAAAUAAUGGAAGCACAUGUUAAUGUCGAAUUAUGCAGCUCGGUCGUUGCGGUUAAAUAUAUAUUAAAAUAUAUACAUAAAGGUAGUGAUCAAGCAAUUUUCACCAUAGAAAAUAAAAACGAUGAAAUUGAAGAAUAUCAAUCUGGACGGUAUAUAAGUAGUAAUGAAGCAAUAUGGUGAAUUUGUGGAUUUAAAAUUCAUGAUCGAUAUCCAAAUAUCCAACAUUUGAAUGUUCACCUCGAAUAUGGACAACGCGUUAAUUUUUCAAAUGAAAAUAUAGAAACAAAAGCUCAGACAGCACCAGAAACAACAUUAACUGCUUUUUUUAAAUUAUGUCAAAUAGAUGAUUUUGCAAGAACAUUAUUAUACUAUGAAAUUCCGAAGUAUUUUACAUGGGAUAAUUCAAAAAAUGUUUAUCAAUACCUGGUAAAAAUUUGAAGCAUUGGUGCAUAAUAUCCCCUGUUCGAAAUAAUAAUAUUCAAGAUUCCGAAAUCAUACGUGUAACUACAUAUGAUAUUAAUAACUUGGGUGAAUAUAUUAAUGGCAAUAAAUUAUUAUUAAUCGACGACAAAAAAAAAGCAUAUAAAAAGAUUAUUAAAAUAAUUGAAAAUGAUAAAGGGGGACUUAUUUUUUUAGAUGCCCCAGGAGGAACAGGUAAAACAUUUUUAUUGAAUUUAAUAUUAGAAAAAAUUCGCAUUAGUGAAAAGAUAGCAUUAGCAGUGGCCUCAUCUGGUGUAGCAGCAACUUUAUUACACGGUGGACGUACUGCACAUUCAGCACUCAAAUUGCAAAUUAAUUUUAAUUUAUCUGAUGAGCCAAUUUGUAAUAUUAUAAGUAACCUUGCAACAAUGGCUUUGCGAGAUUUAAAUAACAAAAAAUUUAUAAUAGGGAAAAUUGUUGUUAUUUUGGCUGGUGAUUUUUGACAAACUCUACCAAUUAUUCCAAAAGGAACAUCAGCUGAUCAAAUAGAUGCAUGUUUAAAAAAAUCAUAUUUAUGGAAACAUGUACAAUUAAUAACAUUAACGAAAAAUAUGCGAGUAUUUCUAACGGGUGAUUCUACUUUAGCAGAAUUUUCGAAACAAUUAUUACUACUUGGAGAUGGAAAAUGGGAGAAAAAUUCUGAUGAUACCAUCACAUUCCCAUCAAAUUUUUGUAAUAUUGUAGAAUCAAUAGAUUCAUUAAUAGAAAAAGUCUUUCCUAAUAUACAUAUAAAUUAUUCUAAUACUGAAUGUUUAUGUCCACCUAAAUUAUGUAAUGGAACUCGGUUAUGUAUAAAGUCAUUGAACAAUAAUACAAUUGAAGGUAGAAUAUUGACUGGAUGUGGAAAGAAGAAGAUGUUUUUAUUCCAAGAAAUAAAUAUAUAUCAUCUUGUGAAAUAUAUACACCCAAAGAAUAUAAAUUGGAACAUUUCUUCAAUAAAUAUAUGUGCUGCUUGCGAUUGAAAUCAAGUAAAUUCAAACAUUUUAUGUCAGUCCACUUCAAUUGAUUAACUUGGUGCCAUGAUUUGCAAACUGGAAAAGCAUUUUAUAAAUUUAUUAUUAUACAUUUAAUAUAAAUAAUUUAUAAUGUCACAACUUGUUACAUUCAAGAGUUUAAAAAAAAAAAAUACCGAAUAAAAUUUGAAUAAAAACAAAAAAUAAAUUAAAACAUAUGAUAUGUAAUCAAAUGGUGGCUUUAUAUUAGCACGAAGAAAUUAUGAUGGGAAUGUAGAAUAAGAUCAGGUUCACUUGGUCUUAUGAUAGGUAAAUAAAUAAUAAUAAUAAUAGAAGAAAGAAAUUUCAAUUUUGUCAAAUAAUUUAAUUACAAAAAAAUAUAUAAAUUACUAUUGAUAUGUUCUUUGCUUUGGAGUAAAUUAAUAUGUAAGAUAUUCAAUAUUUUUGUCUCAAUAAAAAUUAUGUACGUACUUUAAUUUAUAGGUUCAUUUUUUAUUAAAAAUAUUCAUUACGCAUAUAUGUGUGUGUGACAUAUAUGUGUGUACACCUACUCUUGAAAGUGCCUAAUUAAAAACUAUUAUCAGUGAACUGUAAGCCAACCACUUAUUCUCAAGUUUGGUAUAAAAGCAAAUAGACUGCACAUUUUUUCAUCACAACUAAUAAUCAUCAAUCGCUGUUAAUUGGUUUUACUCAAUUUUGCAAAUUAAAACUAUCUCAAAAAUUAACCUAAAAAUUAGGAAACAUAAUUUUACAUUAAUCUCAUAAUAACAAUAAUAAUAAAUGGUUCGCACUGCCAUCUACUAAAAUAGUAAGAGAGAAUUAUACAAAAAAUAUUUCUUGUUGGUAAACCUGUCAUAUUAACCUAACAUGACAGACGUAAACAACACAACUUGUACUGACAUUAGCAAUAACAAUAAUAUAAACAAUAAUAUAAACAUGGAUGAUGAUCAAAUGUCAAACACAAGUGAAGGUAAAACCAAAGGCAGAC